AUGGCUCUCAAUACUCUUUAUGACAAAAGAAAGCAAAAAAAUGUUGUUGAAGUCGUGUUUCAUGGAAUACCAUAUGCAGAAUUUGAUAGAUCUGGUCACUGGAGUACUUGGUCCUUAGUGAGGAUGUUUGAAGGUUCUUUACUGCUAUCAGCUUCGUUAUCGCCUUGUGUCGAGACCGUCACUUCUCAUGAAGAGGAGUACAUUCUUCUGCGCCAACACUGUAAAAUCAGUCCGCGGUACUACCAAGACAUAACCAUUCAAUCCGACUUCAACCCCAGGAUUGUGUUUGACUGUCAAGAAGUUGGACGGACGUCGUUAAAUAUCAAAGUAAGGAUGUGCAAUCAGCACACAGAUUAUAUCUAUGCUACAAAUAUGAGGAAGAUGGUCAACUUCAACAAACGAACAAAGAAAGCAGUUCCAAAUAAUCCUUUUUAUCUUGAACAAGCAGAGAGACUUAAUAGUAUACGACCAAAAUACCGAUGGCUUCCGUUUCCUGAUAAUAUUCCUUCUAAAGUGUUCAGAAUGAAAGUGCGUCCUCUUCACAGCGAUACGGACUAUAUGAACCAUGUUAAUAACUCUUCAUAUGUACGAUUCUGUUUAGACUGUUGUGCAUGUGCUGCAGAAGCGAAAUUUUACAAUCAUUUUGAGGCUGACUUUCAUUACCCUGUUUUAGAAAUGGACAUUCAGUAUUUAGGUGAAAGCUUUGCAAACGAUACAUUAGAUAUCUCAACAUGGCAAAGUGAAACGGACAUCCGUGAUUUAUAUUUUGUUAUAACUCAUAAACACAAAGUGAUAACAAAAACUUUCCUUAGAGUCGGCCUUACAAAGCUUAGGAAAAGUACUUAUGCUGAUUCAAAAUUGUAGUUA